AUGAGUGCCACAUACCAGCCCUCCUACGCUGCCUACGACAGCCAUGCUACACACAACUAUACUGCUGCUUCUGCUCAAUCAAACAGACCCAAGGUCAGGGUAGCCGACUCUCAAAAUCUCCAAUACCUCCGCUACCCGCCCCAGCCUGUCCAGCAGCCAGUGCACCAACAAGCCCUCCAAUACGACAUUCCUAGCACAUCGCACCAGGUGCAGAGGGAUUCCGACCAUCUGGCACGCCCACCGACACCGACUUCAGAGGCUACCAUGCCGUCCCAGGAAAGCCAGUCCAGACGGAACUCGGAUACCCUCAUCUUUCACAGCCUCCAAAUACCGAAAUGCAUCAGCCCAGCUGGAGGAAAUCUGGCAGACUUUGCCGCUCAGAUGACAUGCCUCUUCUGGUUCCAGUCAACAGAUGACCUCAAGAACGCCGAAUCCAUUCGCUCGAUUCCCGUAACAGCCACAUUACCCCGACUGUCCUCCUUGGCCAAACCCUACGACCAGUUUCGCAAAUGGGUUUUGAAUGUGCUUCAAACAACCCAGGUGACUCAAAAUGUCAUUUUGCUGGCGCUCCUCUUCAUUUACCGUUUGAAGAUGUCGACUCCACAGAUCAAAGGCCGCGCUGGCAGCGAGUAUCGACUCCUCACUGUCGCCCUGAUGCUUGGCAACAAAUUUCUUGAUGAUAAUACAUAUACCAACAAGACGUGGGCCGAAGUAUCUUGCUUUGCCGUCCAGGAAAUCCAUGUCAUGGAAGUUGAAUUUCUCAGUAACAUGCGAUACAACUUGCUAGCCUCCAAAGAGAUAUGGGAGUCAUGGAUCACCAAGCUCGCCUGCUUCCACGAGUAUUAUGACCGCGCCUUGCGUCAACCCGCCUCGCCCCUGCACACGGCAGCCAUGUUCCAGUCCCCGAUGUCGUCCCCCAAAGCUAAUAUGCUACAUAUGAUGCCUGACAUGCCCCCUUACACUCCUACCACGUUCAAGACGUUCUCUCCAACCUCGAGUCAUUCGCAAGACUGGCACACAGUAUACCAGGCAAACGCCGCCUCGCCGCUGGCAUCCAAGCCUGUUCGCCUCACAACCUCGCGCAAAAGAAGUCCCGAGUAUGACGCCGCCGACCACCCCGCCAAAAGACAGAUGGCUCCGCACAUUGCACCCGUCAUUGUUCCUGGAAACGGUGUCCGCAUUUCUGGUGCUGUCGAAGCACGACUACCUGUUCCCCAGCUUAGCGUCGUGACGAGUCAGGCCCAACCCGCUGGAGCACCCUAUCUGCCAACUGCUCCGUCAUACACUCCAGUCCCCAGUAUGCCUCUUCCGCCGCUGCAGCUUGGUGUCCGUGCCAUGUCGACGGUAUAUCAGCAGCCACUUGGUGGAAAUGCAUCACAGCAACAACUCCAGCCUCAAGCCCAGCAGCAGAUGAUGCCUGUAGUGACAACAGCUCCAAGCUACCCGGUUUCGGCAACGGCUACCCAUCCUCCUGUCAAUCUAGGUACUCCGAGCAAGCGACGCAGCCCUGGUCACCUGGUUCACUACACAUCGUCGCCCAUGAUAGAGCCUUACGGAGCGGUAUCGGCUAUGCAUACGCCGCUUGCACUGACGCCUCUGGCCAAUUCGCCAAGCAUCUACUUGCAGCAGCGCUCGAGCCCAUACAAGCCUAUUCGACACGUCAACAGGCUCCUUCAUCCUGCGUCGGCAUCCCUGGAUCAGUACCACCUGUCUGUACCGAUCCACCCCAACCAAAUUCACUAUCAGCCUCUAGGCAGACGCAACGACGUACGCACUGGUGUAGUGCCCGAGUUUGUAAUGUACAACAGACAACAACAACAGCAAAUGGUGCCGCAGAGUCUGCAUCAAGGCGUAUACCCCUAG